AUGUACCUCCACGCAUCCAGACCCUUGCCGCGCCUAUCAAGAGGCUCACCCCACCAGCAGCAUGUUAGUCUCAGAAGAGGCCUGGCAUCAGUGAGCUCGACCAGCUCCAAAGCAAGACUGAGUCGAUUUGAGACCGACCAUACAAUUGACUAUGCCGACCUCACGCGUCGAAUUGAGUCAAGUCGAAAGAUACUUGGGCGACCCCUGACGUAUUCAGAGAAGGUGCUUUUCGCUCAUGCCGACAACAUCGGCGACGAGCCCCUCCACCGUGGCAAGACGCAGCUGAAACUACGUUCUCGGCGAAUCGCAUGCCAAGAUGCGACAGCUCAGAUGGCAAUCAUCCAGUUCAUGUCAGCUGGUCUCGACUCCACUGCCGUGCCUACGACUGUUCACUGCGACCAUCUUAUCGUCGGCAGGACAGGCCAGGAUGAAGACCUUCCGCAAGCCCUGAGCACGCAUAAGGAAGUUUAUGACUUCUUGUCAAGUGCGUGUAAGAGGUACGGCAUGGGCUUCUGGAAACCUGGCGCUGGAAUCAUCCAUCAAACUGUUCUUGAGAACUAUGCUUUCCCAGGAGGCAUGAUGGUCGGCACAGACUCACACACCCCCAAUGCGGGCGGAAUGGGGAUGAUUGCAAUUGGCGUAGGCGGAGCCGACGCUGUGGACGUGAUGGCUGGGCUGCCUUUCGAGUUGACUGCACCGCAUAUCAUUGGGGUGAGGUUGACGGGACGGCUGUCGGGAUGGGCUACACCCAAGGUUCGCUUCGUAUCUUCUGAAUUGCGCGCGGAUGAAGAUGCCCAGUAUGAUAGAAUCAUCGACAUCAACCUCUCUGAGCUGGAGCCCAUCAUCAACGGACCAUUCACACCUGAUCUGUCAACGCCAAUUUCAAAGCUGUCAGAUGCCGUGGACAAGGAAGGUUGGCCAAAGGACUUGACCGCAGGACUCAUUGGUUCUUGCACGAAUUCCUCGUUUCAAGACAUGUCGAGGGCCGCGGAGCUGGCGAAACAGGCGAUGGAUGCCGGGCUUCAGCCGAAGAUGCCACUCUUUGUGUCUCCCGGAAUUGAGCAAACGAGGAAGACACCGCAGGAGAAUGGGGGCGUCAAGAACUCUAUUCUCACAUCCUACAACCGCAACUUCACUGGCCGUCUUGACGGAAACCCAGCCACUCACAUCUUCCUAGCCUCACCAGAAAUGGUUAUGGCGAAGAUCUUCUCUGACGAUCUGAGUUUCAACCCCACUUCGGACUCCAUUGUUACCCCUUCAGGCUCUGAAUUCAAGUUCACGCCUCCAGGUGGAGAAGCUUUGCCAUCUCGCCGUGACGGAGUCGAACUGCAGAUUGCGGAGACAUCCAAGCGCCUCCAGAGACUGGCCCCGUUUGAGCCUUGGCACGGAAAGGACUUUGAAAAUUGUGCUAUUCUGAUCAAGGUUCAGGGCAAAUGCACAACAGACCAUAUCACGCCCGCUGGCCCGUGGUUCGCCUACCGUGGCCACCUUGGGAACAUCUCAAACAACACCCUGAUUGGAGCCGUGAAUGCCGAAACGGGAAAGGUCAAUCAAGUGAAGAACUGGUUGACCGGUGAAGAGGGUGACGUUCCUGGUACGGCGCGGGCUUAUAAAGAGGCGUCGCAGCCCUGGGUCGUGAUUGGUGACCAUACCUACGGAGAAGGCUCAUCCCGUGAGCAUGCAGCAUUGCAGCCUCGCUACCUCUGA